GAGCCCAAUCGCGGCCGGGCUUGGCUCCCUUUGGAACGCGGGGGCGGGGCUUCGGCGGGGGGCAGCAGCCCCAGCAGGAACAUCCUUGCAGCGCCGGGGCCGAGUCGGCAUCAGCUGGAGACCGAGCGCGCGCCGUGGCUGCGACCAAAGCAGGAAAUAACUCCUCAAAAUGGAGGACGGGAAGCCGGUUUGGGCUCCACACCCAACUGAUGGGUUUCAGAUGGGAACCAUUGUUGAUAUUGGACCUGACAGCUUAACUAUUGAAGCCAUAAAUCAAAAGGGCAAGACCUUUCUCGCUGCUAUUAACCAAGUAUUUCCUGCAGAGGAAGACAGUAAGAAGGAUGUGGAAGAUAAUUGUUCCUUAAUGUAUUUAAAUGAAGCCACCCUGUUACAUAACAUAAAAGUUCGGUACAGCAAAGACAGAAUUUAUACAUAUGUAGCCAACAUCUUAAUAGCAGUGAACCCUUACUUCGAUAUACCGAAACUCUAUUCCUCUGAUGCUAUUAAGAAGUACCACGGUAAAUCACUUGGGACACUGCCACCACAUGUCUAUGCAAUUGCCGAUAAAACAUUCCGGGACAUGAAAGUACUCAAGAUGAGUCAGUCAAUCAUCGUGUCUGGAGAAUCGGGAGCUGGCAAGACAGAAAACACUAAAUUUGUUUUACGGUAUCUGACUGAAUCCUAUGGCAGUGGACAAGAUAUUGAUGAAAGAAUUGUAGAAGCCAACCCACUUCUAGAAGCAUUUGGCAAUGCGAAGACUGUUCGUAACAACAAUAGUAGCCGCUUUGGGAAAUUUGUAGAAAUCCAUUUCAAUGAAAAGAAUUCAGUUGUUGGUGGAUUUGUAUCACAUUAUCUGCUAGAGAAAUCCAGGAUCUGUGUCCAAGGCAAAGAAGAACGAAAUUAUCAUAUUUUCUAUAGGCUGUGUGCUGGAGCCCCUGAAGAUAUAAGAGAAAAACUGUAUUUAAGUUCACCAGAUAAUUUUAGGUAUUUAAAUCGUGGAUGUACCCAGUAUUUUGCUACCAAAGAAACCGAUAAGCAAAUUUUACAGAAUCGCAAAAGUCCAGAGUACCUGAAAUUAGGCUCUCUGAAAGAUCCUCUGCUGGAUGACCAUGGAGACUUCAACAGAAUGUGCACUGCAAUGAAGAAGAUUGGUUUAGAUGAUGAAGAGAAACUGGAUCUUUUCCGAGUAGUGGCUGGUGUCCUUCACCUUGGAAACAUUAACUUUGAAGAAGCUGGCAGCACAUCUGGUGGAUGCACUCUGAAGAAUAAAUCCAGCCAGUCCCUGGAAUACUGUGCAGAACUGCUUGGCCUGGACCAGGAUGACCUGCGGGUUAGUUUAACCACGAGAGUCAUGUUGACAACAGCAGGGGGCGCCAAAGGAACAGUUAUCAAGGUACCUUUGAAAGUAGAACAGGCAAACAAUGCCCGUGAUGCUUUAGCAAAAACAGUCUACAGCCAUCUCUUUGAUCAUGUGGUAAACAGGGUAAACCAGUGUUUUCCUUUUGAGACAUCAUCCUUCUUUAUUGGCGUCCUGGAUAUUGCAGGAUUUGAAUAUUUUGAGCACAAUAGCUUUGAACAAUUCUGCAUUAACUACUGUAAUGAGAAGCUGCAGCAGUUCUUUAAUGAGAGGAUUCUAAAAGAGGAGCAAGAACUCUACCAGAAGGAAGGUUUAGGUGUCAAUGAAGUUCACUAUGUAGAUAACCAAGACUGUAUAGAUUUGAUAGAAGGGAAAUUAGUAGGCAUUCUUGAUAUCUUGGAUGAAGAAAAUCGUCUUCCUCAGCCAAGCGAUCAGCACUUUACAUCAAUGAUCCACCAGAAACACAAAGACCACUUCAGACUUUCAAUACCCAGAAAGUCUAAGUUGGCAGUUCACCGAAAUAUCCGAGAUGAUGAGGGUUUUAUUGUCAGACAUUUUGCUGGAGCAGUAUGCUAUGAAACGACCCAAUUUGUGGAAAAAAACAAUGACGCUUUGCAUAUGUCUCUUGAGUCCCUUAUAUGCGAAUCUAAAGAUAAAUUUGUCCGGGAACUGUUUGAAUCCAACACUAAUAACAACAAGGACCAUAAGCAAAAAGCAGGAAAGCUCAGCUUCAUCAGCGUGGGGAACAAAUUUAAGACUCAGCUAAACCUGCUGCUGGAAAAGCUUCGUAGUACUGGGUCUAGCUUUAUUCGUUGUAUCAAGCCUAAUUUAAAGAUGACAAGUCACCAUUUUGAAGGUGCCCAGAUCCUGUCGCAGCUGCAGUGUUCAGGCAUGGUGUCUGUUUUGGACCUGAUGCAAGGUGGCUUCCCAUCACGGGCCUCAUUUCAUGAGCUGUAUAAUAUGUACAAAAAAUACAUGCCUCCAAAGCUGACCCGUUUGGAUCCAAGGCUCUUCUGCAAGGCACUCUUCAAAGCUCUUGGGUUGAAUGAAAAUGACUAUAAAUUUGGAUUAACCAAAGUGUUCUUUAGACCUGGCAAGUUUGCAGAGUUUGAUCAAAUUAUGAAGUCUGAUCCAGACCACCUUGCAGAGUUGGUAAAACGAGUCAACCAUUGGCUUAUUUGCAGUCGCUGGAAGAAGGUUCAGUGGUGCUCUCUGUCAGUCAUUAAAUUGAAGAACAAAAUAAAAUACAGAGCCAGUGCCUGCAUCAAAAUACAAAAGACUAUCCGUAUGUGGCUGUGUAAGAAAAAACAUAAACCACGCAUCGAUGGUCUAAUCAAGGUUCGCACACUGAAGAAGAGGCUUGACAAAUUCAAUGAAGUAGUGAGUGCUCUGAAAGAAGGGAAACCAGAAAUGAGCAAGCAGGUCAAAGACCUUGAAACAUCUAUUGAUGCUCUAAUGGUUAAGAUAAAGGCCACUGUAAUGCCUAGACAACAGAUACAGAAGGAGUAUGAUGCUCUAGUUAAAAGUUCAGAACAGCUUCUGAGUUCCUUACAGAAGAAGAAGCAACAAGAAGAGGAGGCUGAAAGGCUGCGGCGUAUCCAGGAAGAGAUGGAAAAAGAAAGAAAGAGGCGUGAGGAAGAGGAGCAACGUCAGAAGAAGGAAGAGGAAGAAAGACGAUUGAAAUAUGAGAUUGAAGCAAAGAGAAAACAGGAAGAAGAAGAGAGGAAAAAAAGGGAAGAAGAAGAAAAACGAAUUCAGGCUGAAGUGGAGGCCCAGCUGGCAAGAGAGCGUGAAGAAGCCAGCCAGCAACAAGCCGUUCUGGAGCAAGAACGCAGAGAUCAUGAGCUGGCCAUGAGAAUUGCCCAGAGUGAAUCGGAACUCAUCACUGAUGAAUCUCAGCUUGAUCCGGGGUUACGCAGACCCAAUGGAGCAAGCUGUCAAAUGACUGCGGAGCAAAUGGCUACAGAAAUGACAGAACUUUUGUCUAGGGGACCUUCAGUUCAAGCCACCAAAGCUGCCGCUGGCACUAAAAAACAUGACCUUAGCAAGUGGAAAUAUGCCGAGCUACGUGACACAAUCAAUACCUCUUGUGAUAUUGAACUGCUGGCAGCUUGCAGAGAAGAGUUUCACAGGCGGCUAAAGGUUUACCAUGCUUGGAAAUCCAAAAAUAAGAAGCGCAAUGCAGAAACUGAACAGCGUGCUCCUAAAUCAGUGACUGACUAUGAUUUUGCUCCAUUUAUGAACAACUCAACUCAACAGAAUGCAGCAAGUCAGCUUGCUGCAAGGCCGCAACAGGAGGUUGAAGUGAAUCGGCAGCAGCGUUAUUUCCGUAUUCCCUUCAUACGCCCAGCAGACCAAUACAAAGAUCCCCAGAACAAGAAGAAAGGUUGGUGGUAUGCCCACUUUGAUGGACCAUGGAUUGCACGUCAGAUGGAGCUUCAUCCCGACAAGCCCCCCAUCUUGCUAGUAGCCGGCAAAGACGAUAUGGAAAUGUGUGAGCUGAAUCUUGAAGAGACUGGCUUGACUCGGAAGCGUGGGGCUGAGAUUUUGCCGAGGCAGUUCGAGGAGAUCUGGGAGCGCUGUGGGGGAAUCCAGUAUCUUCAAAAUGCAAUAGAGAGCAAACAAGCUCGGCCUACUUACGCAACGGCUAUGUUGCAGAACCUGUUGAAAUAAAUACGUAGUCACUUUGCACAUUCACCUUUGGUGUUUUGAGACCUUCUCCCACCUUAACAAUAAAGGGAAAUUGUGCCUCUGAGUAACAGAGGACUCUUAUGCAGUCUAUAAUCAUAUAGAGAUAUUUAAUAUAAACAGAUUUUAUUAAUGUGGAGGUUUUUAAUUUGUACUUCUGACGUUUGUGUAGUUAAUUCACUAGUUCCUUGGUUCUAAACAUUUGUUUCAGUCAAGUAUCUGGUUUGCAUUUGUUCAUACGUUGACUCUUUUUCAUAUAGCAUCUCUCAUAACACUAAUAAUGCUGUAAUGUAGAGUAACAUAUUAUCAGGAACUAAGUACGUAACUACAAUGAGCUGUGUUGACCUUUCUUCCUAAAGAGUACCUCAUUUGUAAUACUCAGAAUGUUAAAUUUCUUCAAGGUAAUGUAGCACAGUGUCCCUCACCAUGGUGCCUUCCAGAUCUUUGUGGCUACAACUACUGUCAGCCUUUAUAAAGCAGGCCGGGGAUGAUGGGCAUUGCUAUCCAAUACAUCUGGAGGGUGCUGGGUUGAGGAGAGUAUAGUGUAACACGAAGGCAAUAUUGCAUCUUUUAACUGGGAUUGUGAGGCCUUAAUAUUAACUUCUUUUCUUCAGAAGUUAAAACAAACUUUUAUAAGAUGAAAGACAGCAUGUGCAGAUUGUGAAAGCUGUUUGACUUAUGCAUUCACUUAUAAAAACAUUUUUGACAUGUCUCUUAGGUAAACUGCAGGAGCUCACUUAAAAGCAGAACGGUUAUGUAUGAAGUACAUUAAUAAUAAUGGAGAUACUGAACAUUUUGGUGAACAUUUAAGUAGCUGAAUUUGUGUGCGUGUGUUUUUUCCUUUUUUAAACAACGUUUAUUUUUACAAUAUGAAUUCCUUUUUGUUUUGUUUUUAUUUUUCUGUCCUACGUUUCUUAGAAAUCCUUUAUCAGUCUGUUAGAUGUUCCUUCACAAAUAGUACCCAUAAUAUAUCUCUAAAUACAGUUAGAACUGCAAGCAUAAGGGAAACAGCUUCCAUUUUUGGCGAGAAUGAAAACCUGAUUGGAGUAUGCGAAGAUGAAUUUUGUACUUUCUUUGUACUUUUAUGAAAUGCUCCCGGAUUAGGUGGCUUUUCUCAGACUCUUUUCAUACUUUUGAUGAGUGACACAGCACUGGAAUUUCUAAUCAUGAUUCUCUUCUUCAAAUGACUUGGCUUCAUAGCAUUUCAUCUAAUAAACCUUUUCAUCUAAUCUUGCAGGUUAUUUUUUUAUAGCUAAUCUCCCAAUAUCAGACUUCAUAGGUAGUUCUUUUUUGACCAUGCUAUCCUUGAUGGUAAUUGAAAUUUUAUUUUAUAAUGAUUACUAGUUUCCUACAUAUUUAACUUGCCUUUUUGAUAUUAAUGGUUAGCUCCUAUUGCUUGUUCAUAUCAACCAAAUAAGCCUGGGUUUUAUCUCAGUAUUAGGAGAUUUGGGGGAAAUAAAACAACAUUGUCUGUGGGUUUUUUAAAAAAAUCCCUAAAUACAGACUACACUUGGGAAUUAUUUCAUUCCCUUAAUAUAUAUUUUAAAAAAAGAACACAUUACAUCUGAUUUUUAAAUUUUCAAAUGUCCUUUUCAUUGCCUUUUGCCACAGCAUGUCUGCUGGCAGAAAUACUAUUCAUGUUAUAUGAGUUAUAGGCAAUUUAACUUAUUAAAUUAAUAUUUAUAACCCCCUUGUUAUCUGAACAUGUUUUGGGAUCCUCGAAAUGGUCAUAUGUUUCCACUUUACAUUGAUACAAUUACUUCCCAGAUCCACAUGCUCUAAGUCCAACAAGCAAAUGUUUGAUGUAGCUAGCUUUGGCAUUCGGUCUGUUUCUACCCCAACUAUUUAUUGAUUGUAUAUACCCUCAAAAUCCAUCAGAAGUUGCAUAUGAAUUCUUGAUAAAACAUUAAGAACCAGUGGUUGUAAAUUAAGACUUCUUCCAAGAGGAGAAAAUAAUUUGUCCCACUCAAGAAAGUUUUGAUUUCUGCUUUCUCACCCCCUUAAGCUUUGAUUUCCUAGGCCGUCCCAGAGGCACCACAACCCUCAGGAAUGGGUUUUUGUCCUCAAGUUUUGCCAUGUGGAAUAAAUACAAAACCAAAUAGACUGGCAUCCUAUUGAGUAUUGUGACUGGAAUUCCACUUGGAUCAGUUUUCAAAGUCUUAAGUUCAUGUGUGUUCAUGAGUUCAGGAGCAUCUACAUCCAGCAAGAAGACUCUGUUCUGCAACACACUUAGGUAUGUGCAGGAAUGAACUCACUGGGAUUUUGUUCCUGGAAAUCCACAUUUCUACUCAGAAGAUCCUGCUCAAGGUGAACUAGUACCAGAUGAAAACUUCUACUAAAACAUAAAUUAGUACAUUAGAAACCUUGAUGAAUAAUGUUGAACUAGGUCCAGGCCAUAGGAUCAGGCAGCCUUUUCAUUCGCAGGGUAUAUAUGGACUGAUAGGAGGUGGAUUGGGAACGGUUGGCACAGGGUAUAGUUAGUUAGGCUUGGUGCCCUUUCCCUUCACUUCCCAUACUAUGUCAGAAAGGCGCACAUACCGUUUCCUUGUGAAAAUACUUGCAUAAACACUUUCUUUAAGCUCCCUAUUGUGUUUUUGCUCUCUAUGGUGUACUGGAUAACUGUGUAGUAAGUUGGAGAAGAUGAACCCUAAAACUUGAACACAAUAGUUCACAUUUGAAAGUUUACAAGGGCCCACAGUACAUCUUGCUAGUUGCCCGUGCAUGGUGUAGUGAAUUGUAUACUUUAGGAAUAGAUAAGGUCUCAGAGAAGGGCAUGUUUAAGUGGACUCGCAUAGGCUUUGCUUUCUCUCUUCCACAAAUCUCUUGUUCUUACCAUUCCAGUGUCUUAUUUUUUAGUUAGUACAUCCUGUUUACAGAUAAUACAUUCAAUACAGGUUACACCCAGUUGGUCUUUUACCAAUUGGGCCUUCUGUUUUGUUUUAAGUGGGACUUUGGGCCAAAUUGCUGAAGAUUUUUAGUAUUGUAUUUGUGGGUUUUUUCAGCUGUGGAGGAAGGUGCAAAUGAAUAUGAAGCAACAUUGGAGAGGAAAGGAUGCGCAAUCUCCUCUUUGGAAGCAUGUUCCCCAAUAAAAGAUACAUCGCCUUCAUGUUUUUCUUCAUUUGGGUCAGAAUGCAGCAUGGAGGGCAAGAUCAACUAGGAAAGUUACUUUUAGAAUUAAGCCACAUUUCUUCCCAUUGUUGCUUCCAUCAUACAGAUCCAAGAGCAACUGUUUGCCCCCAAAUAAUUUCUGACUUUAGUUGGUUCAGAUCUUUUGAUGAUUAUUGUUUAAUCAAAUUUAACUAUUGAAUUCCAUACUUAAAUUUCAUUAAAUUUAAGUAUGUAAUUCCUUCAAUAGCUCACUAUUUGAUAUGGUACUUGUUACCUCAUUUGGAUUUAAUAGUCAUUUAGAUGGUGCUGAUGUUUAAGGAAGGGAGCAAAAAAUAAUUGGGGAGGCAUUGAUGAAUUGUAUGUUAUGUGUAUGCUGGGCACAGUAUUUUUUCUGAAUUUUAUAUUCAGGGAGGGAUGCAUUCCUAGUUCUUCAGUACUUCUCAUUUCCAUAUAUCUUAGGCGUCUUCUCAAACCGAUUUUUGAACAGAGUUGAGUCUGCUUGCUUCAUUUUGUGGGAUAGUUCCUGCUGAUCUCAGCCACUCACUUUCUUUGGUAUGAUUGUGGAAGGUUUCUUACAAACAACCCAAUAAAUUGAUAAGUGCCACCACAAGUAUAAACAGAAAGGUCAAAUGUACACAUUUCUCUUUUAGUUUCAUUUUUGGGUUAUAAUUUAAAUUAUCUACAAGAGUUUCUAAAAGAGGAUGCUCUGUGAUUUAUUGAGGUGUACAGCAUUUAUAAUUGCAGAAAUGUGUUCAUUUGCAUCUGCCUAUGAAGAAAAAUGAGUUACGGUGUGGGUCAUCAAACAAAAUAAGAAGUGCAUAAAUGAGAUGUCAUAUUAACAUUACUAACAGUGAGGUUAGUUGGGCUGCUGAAUAUUGCAUCUCAUGUCUUCCAUAUGAUCCUACUUGACAUUUUAGCAUGAAAAUUAAUUGCAAACGUGUGCUGCUCAGUAGGACUUAAUGUAUAAGUUGGAACUACAAAAUGUUUCCUGCUGUUUUCAUAUUCAUGAUCUUUCUGAUGUGAAAACCCUAGGAAGACCAACUGAUAAAUGUAUGUAUAUCAUGUAAUUAAUCCUGAAUGUGUGACACAUUUUGUUUUGAGGGGAUUUAAUGUGAUAUAAAGAUCUCCUUGUAGUGUUUGGCCUGUGAUGGUUGUUUUUCAUUUAGACACCACCAUAUUCUGAUUGCAGCCAAGUGAUGAUGAAAAUGCAGUUCUGAAUUUAACCUAAGUCUCAGGAUGCAGCAGUCAGAGUUACAGACGCAAGAUCUGCACAUCUAUUGCCCUUCAGAAAACAGCACAAUGUCAUGAGUAUUCCAUCCCAUCCCAUCCAUCUUCUUUAAUUAUAUCUAUUUUAAUCUCUUGCUUUCCCCCCUCCUAAACCAUUUCAAGUAGUUUGUCAAAUGACCUUAAUUAUGUACUGAAAAUUGCAGCAAAAUAAAUUUACUCUGCUGAUCUCA